AGUGAAGAAGGAAGGUAUCGCCGGAGAAGGAGCCCCUACUAGCGGCCAACAGCAGCCGUUACAGGGGAUCCAUGGUGAGUUCAGGCUCCACCUCUCACGAUACUCCUGUGUUACCAGGCAGAUAGGCUUUCCAACAUGGCAGCGUCAAGCAACGAGAAGAAAACGCAGUUGCAAAAUAUGGAGGAGGAAGAUGCAGGAAUGGAGGCGAGAGAGAUGGAAUCGGAUGAAGAGGAGCAGGACGGCAUGGGAGCAGAAAAUUCAGACGACGAAGAGGACGAUUCGUCGGAAGACGAGAAAGAAAAUGAAGCCGAGAUCCAACGGUUGGAGGAGCAGCUGUCGAUCAAUGCUUUCGACUACAACUGCCACGUGGAUCUCAUCAAACUACUGAAGCAGGAAGGAGAACUUGUCCGUCUGCGAAAGGCAAGGCAGAAGAUGAGUGAGCUUUUCCCACUCACUGAAGAGAUCUGGCUAGAAUGGCUCAAGGAUGAGAUACGUCUGACCGAGGAGGAGCCAAACCGGGAGAAAGUGUAUGAACUUUUUGAAAAAGCUGUGAAAGACUAUCUCUGUCCAGAAAUCUGGCUUGAAUAUGCUCAGUAUUCAAUUGGUGGCAUGGGCUCACCAGGUGGGAUGGACAAGGUGAGAUCCAUCUUUGAGAGAGCUGUGACAGCUGUGGGGCUUCAUAUGACCAAGGGACAGACGGUGUGGGAGGCGUUCAGAGAGUUUGAGAACGCCAUUCUAUCCACACUACAGCCUCCCCCCGGCAGGAUUCCCAGCCGCGAGGAGCAGGAGUUGCUGAAAAUUCAGCUUGAGCGUAUCCAUACACUGUUUCGCCGCCAGCUGGCCGUCCCCUUAAUGGACAUGGAAGCCACCUAUGCUGAGUAUGAGGAGUGGUCUGAACAUGGGGUGGCUGACACGGUCAUAAGUCAGUACAAGAAGGCUUUGCAGCAGCUGGCAAAGUGCAAAUCUUUCGAAGAACCACUGAUAAUAGCAGAACCUCCAAAGCUGGCAGAGUAUCAGUCCGUCAUCGACUUUGAACUAAAGGAGGGUGACCCAGCACGGAUCCAGAUAAUCUAUGAGCGUACCCUGGCAGAGAACUGCCUGGUACCAGACAUGUGGGCAAAAUACACAACCUAUCUCGAUCGUCAGCUGAAGUUCAAAGACUUGGUUCUCUCCUCGCACGAACGUGCCGUCAGGAACUGUCCCUGGACCAUGGGUCUGUGGAAGAGCUACGUGCUAGCUCUCGAGAGGCACGGAGCUGACCAUCCGACUGUCUCAGAUGUUUUUGAAAAGGCGCUGAAUGCAGGUUUCAUUCAAGCGACGGAUUAUGUGGAAAUUUGGCAGGCAUUCCUCGACUACCUGAGGAGACGUGUGGACUUUAGCAAAGAAUCCAGUAAAGAGUUGGAGGAGCUACGUGGAGCUUUCUCUCGGUCUCUGGACUACAUGAAACAAGAUGUUGAAGAAAGAUUUGGUGAAAGUGGAGAUCCUUCUUGUAUCAUAAUGCAGAUCUGGGCGAGGAUAGAGGCUCUCCACUGCAAAAACAUCCAAAAAGCCAGAGAACUGUGGGACAGUAUCAUGACAAAAGGGAACGCUAAAUAUGCCAACAUGUGGCUGGAGUACUAUAACCUUGAAAGGUCUUAUGGAGACCCUGUUCACUGUCGGAAAGCUCUGCACAGAGCAGUUCAAUGCACCACAGACUACCCUGAGCAUGUGAGUGAAGUCCUGCUCACAUUCGAGAGGGUGGAAGGUUCUCUUGAGGACUGGGACGUGGCAGUGCAGAAGACAGAGACCCGGCUGAACAGGAUCAAUGAGCAACGAGCGAAGGUGGCUGUGAAAGAAGCUAACCUCGCUCGCCAAGAGGAGGGGAAAGUUGAUCAGCGGCAGAGGGCCAAGGCCGACAAGAAGACUCAGAAGAAAGGCCAGAAGGGAACUCGAGCUGUGGAGAAGAGGAAAGCAGAGCAGCAUGAUUAUCAUGAUGAGUGGAACGAUGACUCGGCUCCUAAAAGGCACAGAGGGAACGGGGACCACGCCUCAGAGGAGUACAUGGAGACUGAGACAGGACGCUUUGGGAGGAACGCCCCCCCUGGCUAUAAGCCGGCUCAACAUGGCAAUAAAAGAGCCCAGCAGGGAUCCGCCGCCGCCCAGACACAGAACGAUGAGAAGCCCGAGCUUCGAAACGAUAACAGCAGUGUGUUCAUCAGCAACCUGGCAUACACGCUGGAGGAACCAGAGGCAAAGCUCAGGUCGCUGUUGGAGACCUGUGGUCCCAUCAAACAGGUUCGCCCCGUCUUCGGGACCAAAGGGACCUUUAAAGGCUACGGCUAUGUACAGUUUGAGUCCACAGCGUCUGUCUCUGAAGCCCUGAAGCUGGACAGACAGGAGGUGGAGGGAAGGCCCAUGUUUGUGUCUCCUUGUGUAGACAAAAACAAAAAUCCCGACUUUAAGGUGUUUAAAUACCAGAUAUCCCUGGAGAAGCAAAAACUCUUCAUCUCUGGGCUGCCGUUCUCGUGCACUAAAGAGCAACUGGAGGAAAUCUGCAAAAGUCAUGGCACCAUCAAAGAAAUUCGUCUGGUCACGUAUCGCUCAGGAAAACCCAAGGGUCUGGCAUAUGUUGAGUUUGCAGAUGAAGCCCAGGCUUCUCAGGCAGUUCUAAAAAUGGACGGCAUGGACAUCGGGGACAACAAAAUCUGUGUUGCUAUAAGUAACCCUCCUCGCAGAAAUAUGAUGGAUAAACCUGGCUCCAACAGGCCAGACAUAAUGCCUCGCCAGGUCUUUGGAUCGAGAGGAAGAGGACGCACUCAGUUGUCAUUACUCCCUCGUUCCCUGCACCGACAAAGUGAGCCUGUAAGCAAAGUCAACAACGGUACUGCGGCUGAGCAGGUGCCGUCGACCGCCAAUGCAGCCGGAGAGACGAAACCUUUGUCAAACUCAGACUUUGCCAAGAUGCUUCUCAGCAAGUGAGAAGAGGAGCGAGAGAAAUACGAUCGCCUUCACACCGAAAGCCAUCUUGUGUCCUUACAAAUUAGUGUUGGUGAUUUUUCUGUAAUUGGUUAGCUGGCUUCCCUUUAACCUCAGUCUUGUUCUCAUCAUCCAUUUUGCGAGAUUUGCCUUAAUCGCCGACCUCCUGCCCUCCAUCGGAAAGCCUUUUCACCCGAGACUUUUCACCAGUGCGACAGAUUGUUUUUGUUUGGUUUAUUUGAAGGUGGCUGGCAGGCUAUUUUAUAAAAAGGAAAAGUGUAUAAUAUUUGUGUGUAAAUAUACUGAAUUUAAAAUUGUACGCCUCAUGUUGCAAAGUCUUUUCUUUUGUUGUGUAAUGUGAAAGAGAUCUGAGACGAGCAUAUGGCAGAGUAUUUUUUUGAUAUAACAUUCGAAACAGCCAAAAUUGUGAAUGUUGUUUUAAAAAGAUGAUGUAAUAUAAAUGGUGUGUAUGUACAGAAGUGGGAUGUGCUACAGUGAUGAACAGACAUAUUCUACAGAUGUUUUUAGGAAACAGGAUGUUUGUUGUGUUAACUUAUUUUGACCUCUGAGGACAAAGUUAACAAGGAUAGCAAAGACUUUGUUCUGACUAUAUAGUAUAACUAAUUCAUUAUACUUAGAUUUUUCAUAAUGUCAUCUGUGAGUUACCAUCUGCUAUUACUCCUCAGCAUUAUGAUGCUAUGGAGUCUACAGAGGGUCCGCUAAGUUAGUAUUAGUUAAGGCUUUAUCUUGGCCCGAGGGCAUGUUAUUAGAGUAUGAAAACUGCCCUAUUAUGUCAAAUGCUAACGCGUGAUAUCAGUUAUAGUAUUUACAGAACUGCUCUAAGUAUACGUUCUCGUGAUUUCUUUGCUUUCAUACAUCACUGUUCAUGUGACCCGUGUGUUCAGGGUAAACCUCCAUCAAAUCAGUCUGAUGUGUGUGUGUGUGCUGUGGACCCACAGAGAGAUUUGGAGGGAAAUGAACCAUAUUCUCUUAAACAGGUUUUAGAUUAUUGAUGGGAUGAAAUGCAUUCGAUGACAUCAUCCUAAAGUCUAGGAAAUUGUGAUUUUUUUUCAGUUCUCUCAAGU